AUGCUUUUCAGAACUCGUUGGGAUCCAGAUGAUGAUGAUGAGGAGCUAAUGGGGGAGGGGCAGCAGCAGCGGGAGAGCGGGACCGUGUACGACAGCGGCGAGGCCGACGGAAGCGCGGCCGGGGGAGACGCGUCGACCGCGAACGAGCCCCGUGGGUCCGUACCGCCGCCAGUCGUUGCAACUAAUGUACGACUGGAUGAUUUGGUUUCGGCGCUACGACAGGACAUGCCCUCCCAGGCUGUGGCGCUUCGAGGACUAAAAUCACAGUUUCGGUUACGCAUGAGCGAGCGAACGAAAGAGCUUCGGAAGAUGUGCCUGAACAUCCUGGACGAGGUGGUUCUUGAGCAGGCGAUGUUCCGACUGGCCCAGCGGCCCUCCCGGGACACGGUGGCGGCGGAGGUGGCGGCGUGGCGGGCGGCGCAACCCGGGGCUCUGGCCAGCGUGGCGAGACAUCUAGCUGAGGGCCUUACGCACGAGGUCGUGGACGAGCUGAUCGCGGAGGUCGCUGAUUCAUUCGCGUUCGACAUGUUGGUUGAGGCGGUUGCCUUCAGUCAGCGCAAGUAUGUUUUCGGAGCGCGUGAAGACGCAGUGAGGUCCCGGUUGAGAGACGCUGCCGUACAGCAGGACGCCUAUCUGGCUCGCAGCCUCGCAGCCAAAAGGGCGGCGACCAUGGCUCGUACACUCAGUCGGAGAGUCACGUGGAACGAGAGGGAGCUGCAGCAGCAGGGGCAGCAGCUGGCAGUAGCUGGGGGAGGCGGGCGGAGUCGGGGUACGGCGAGUGGCGAAGACGAUGACAUGGACACGUACAACCUGUACGGCAGGUGGCCGGUGGCGGCACGGGGUAUUAAGCUCGGCACCGCGCUGUCCGACGAGCUCGACGAGGACGCCAUCUACCUAUUGCACCGGGACUUCGACGACACCCACUUGCCGCGGGAGGAGAAACAGCUCUACCUGCAGGGCCUGAAGGCCAUGUUGCAGGAGAUGCGACUCCAACGGGGCGAUGCGCCGUACGGCCACACGCAGCAGCUGUCCAUCUACUGGCCGCCGUACGUAACGGUCAGCCGGGUUCAGCGUCUCGCCGCGCAGCGCCAGCGGCCCCCCCUUGCCGCUGGGCCCUCUGUUUGGCGGCAGCUACUACGGGAUGCCCCCAGCCGCAUCCAGGCGGGGCCCUGGGGGGGGCCCUGGUGCUCGGUGGCGGCAGCCCGGGAAAGACUGUUCUGGAGCCGGGUGGCCUUGAAACACACGUACCUGACCUCAAAGGGGGCCCCAAUGGUGCAGGUGUUUCACGAGCUGGGUCCCAUCACCGUCCUCUCCGCCAGCCCCAACGGGGCCUUUCUCGCGGUGGGAACCGCCCCGGGAGCCAUGCUGGUCUUCAACAUGAGGAACAAACCCGCCGCGCCCUGGUUUCAGGUGCUGGGUGACGGACAGACGUACAAGCGGCCGUGGUUUCGGCGCCCCAAGCCCCGAAACCCCGCCCUGGUGGCCCUCUCCUGGAGCGCUGACAGCCAUCAACUGGCCUCCCUGGACGCGACUUCCACGCUCCGAAUGUGGUGGAUGAGACCGGAGCCAGGAUCCUUUGUCAAGGAAGAUCCAGCACGACAGCCGGUGGCUCCGGAACUCAUCCUCUCAUUGGGCCCUAUGUCCUUCGCGAUCAGCGGCAAAGCCCCGGUUUCGGAGCCGCACCUGGAGGAAGAGCAGUUCUUGGCGGCGGCAGCAGCCGUGUCGGGGUUUGGCGGCGGCGGCGGUGGUGGUGGUGGUGGCACGGCCGCUGCAGCGGCGGCUGACGCCGCCGCGGCGGCGGCCCAUGCGGCGGCACUGUCUCGCCGUUGGGCCUUAUGCUUCCAUCCCGAGUUCAACAUUGCCGGUGUACAGCCUACUGUGAUGUUACCGCAGGUCACCGGGGACCUGCUCCGCCUCACGACCACGGCAGGUAGUCGGGUACUGCCCACACCAUUGCCCAGAAGCAGAGGACGAGUUGUACGGAGUACGGCACUUAACCAACAAACGGUAAACUUCCUCAUGCCGCCACAGAUACCGUCACCCGAGUCCCGGGUUCAGGCGUUACUUCGCGGACAUGACUCGCACAUUGUGUUCGUGGAUAUCUUGGCGGACUGCGCUUCCGUACUGUCCGUGGAUGCGAGUGGGGAAAUCAAUAUUUGGCCGGGUAUCUUGUACAACCCGCCAACAAGUGCCGCCGCCGCGGCGGCGGCGGCCACGAAAAACGGCAGAGGCGGUGGCGGCGUCGGCGGCGGCGGUGGCGGUGGCGGCGUCGGCGGCGGCGGUUUCUUUGGGGGGCUAUUUCGGCGACAUGGAGAUGCGGCAUCCAGCGGCGGCGGCGGCGGCGGGGGGGGAAUUCCUGGCGGUCCAGGCUCCCAGUCGGCGGCGAUGAUGCCGCCGUCAGUGACAUUUUCGGAGAUGUUGGCGGAUGCGGGUAUGCUGGAUGACGAUUUGGAGGCCGCUCGGUUGAAUGAGCUGCCGUUGGGAGACUUUCUGUUGGAGAGCCGGCAGUUGUGGAUGGUUCGUUUUCUGGUGGACCGCAACGGUCGGUUGUUGCGAGAAGCCAUCCACAGACCCGUGGGUCAGUCCUCCUGGGAGAUGGCGGGUGGUGGCGGGCGGCCCUUAGUCAUAUCUACCUAUACCAUGAAUGGGGAGCUCGUACGGCGCGCCAAGCAGUACGUCGUACACGCCCAGCUGCCGUACCGUGUCGUGGCGGCGGAGCUAACCCCCAGCCGCCGGGACUUGGUGAUUUGGUGCCGCGUUGGUCCUCAGCCGGGUGACGUGGACAGCUUCGGGUACUUUUCCGUACAUGUCCUCAAUUUGGAAGACGGCUUCAAGGCCUGCACACCUAGAAUUGAUAUCUACGACCAUUCAAGGGGAGCCGCUCCCCCCGCCUUCGCCGUGAGUCGCCGAGUCCAUGGUCUUGGCUCCGAGUAUCUGAUAGCCGGCCUGGCGCAUGGCCUUUUGGGCUUCUUCUCGCUAAGUACGGGAGCAAUCGUACGAGUCGUACAGCUGCCUGGAGUGCCGACACGGAGUCCGUACUUCUCCUGUCUGACGCUCUUCACCGUCUCUCCCAACUUCGAAUGCCUCAACGCCGGCAAGUCCUUCGUCGCCGUCACUGCCGUACACUCCAACGCCGCGCAUGUGUACGAACUGGAUGAUACGGGAGGUGUGGAGCUCAAUGUGAGAGCUGUGACGGCGUACGGGCCGCCGCCGGGCGUAGCGCCACCGCCGCCGCCGAAGCCCAUCCUGCCGACGAGCCAGGAGCCGCCGCCGGUGGCCCGCAGCCAACGAACUGAAGCUAGCGGCGACGGCAGCGGCGACGGCAGCGGCGAUGGCAGCGGCGAUGGCAGCGGCGGCCCAGUCCCUGUCCUUGGUCCGCACGAGUCGGCUAGGGACUUGGCGGCGGCGCCGGCACCGGCGGCGCCCGCGCUACCUCCGCCGCAGGAUCCGCUAGGAUCCGGGGUACCUCGUCCCGCCGGUGGUCCUGGGGGGGCGCGGGUGCACCGCCAAGUGACGUUCAAAAUGGAGCCGCCGCCGCCGUUGUGGCCGCGGGGUGCACUCGGAGAGGCGGCGGAGUCGGCGGAGGCGCAGGUAGAAGGGACGGACGGCAGGUUAUCCCUGCCGCCAUUGGCGGCAGCUAGGUCGCCGCCGACAGUGGCGGCGGUGGCGGCGGCAACAGCCGCGGCGGCGGAGUCGAGACCACAUGACGGCGUCAAAGACGAGUACGGCAGCAUGCCGAAGCUGCCAUCGGUGGCUCGUAAGGCUUCUCAGUGA